AUGUCUUCCUCUGAUAUUCUCGAUGUGUUAAACAUCCAGCAAAAACCUAAAAGUCAUGGAAACUCUGCUUCACCACCACCAACGGCUUCAGCUUCUGGAGCUUCGAAGGCUCCCAGGCCACAAGUAACCGGGAUGCAAAGAGAAUUAUACAAUCUCCUUGGUGAAAAUCAACCUCCUAUAGUAGUCCAACCAGCUAGUAGGUUUAAGGAUAAGUUGACUAACACAACUAAACCUUCUCCAUGGACCAAUGCCGAAUUUAAAGCCAAUGAUCAUUUGAACUUGCAUCAUUGGGUCAAAGGCUCUAAGGAGUUAGUUGGUGAAGAAGCCAAGGAGUCUUCAUAUACAAAAUUUAAUGUCCACCUGAGGAUACCCAGCUUCGAUAAAGAAACCUACGAGAGUUUUAUGGCCAAUAACAUCCCGAAUGAAGAACUUAUAAAGAAGGAGGACUCUGGAACGUCGUCUCAGGAAGAUACUGAUGACUGGGAAUACGAAGAAGUGGAUUACUUGUUUCAACUUUGUCGAAAGUAUGACUUACGUUGGUUUGUCAUUCAGGAUCGUUAUAAUUAUGGUAGAUCUAGGACAUUGGAGGAGUUAAAAGAAAAAUUCUAUAAAGUGUGUCAACGAUAUUUUGUAGCCAAAAGUCCCAAUGAUCCAUUACUGCCCUCGUUGGAUUUCCCCAAAGAAAAGGAACUCGAAAGAAAGAAGUACUUGCAGAGAUUACUGGCGAGAUCUGCUGCAGAAAUUGCUGAGGAAGAAGCGUUGAUUGUGGAGUCUAGAAAAUUUGAAAUGGCAGCUAAAAAAACGUUGAAUGAAAGAGAAUCACUCUUGCGUCUUUUGGAUUCUCCAAAUUCAGACCAAUCAGUUUCUCAGUACCUGACAUCUCAAGGAAUGUCCCAGCUAUAUGGAAGUUUACUAUCAGAUAAAUCUAGAAAACGCAAGCAUGAAUCUACAGUACCAGAAAAUCCUUGGAUGAAACAACAGCAAUUGUUUGCCCUUCAGCGCCAACAAUUGCAACAAAUACAAGAUAAAAAGCAGGAGACUCAAGACACCAAUCAAUUGAAGAAAACUAAGAGACAAAAGCAAGAAAUGCAAACGGCUAUCAAGCGUAAGGCAGAAACUGUGUAUGCAGAACAUUUAUUAGAAAAAUUCAGCGCCGAUGAAAGAAAAUCUCUCGGUGUGAUGGCCCAUGGCGAUAAAUUACCACCAGGUGUUUAUUUAAGAUCGAGCAAAAUUUCAACGUUUAAGCCUGCCCUUCAGAGUAAAGUGGCUGCAAUGCUACAAGAAUUAGGAUUAUCCGUCAGACCCGCAAUGCCGUCCUACGAUGUGGUUCAGAGACAUGAGGAAUUACUCAAGCGUAUCGUAGCACUGGUCGACCUCAAAAAACAUCUCGAUAAAUUAGAAGCUGAGAAGGCUAUCACAAAAUAA